CCUUGAUAACAAUUUUUCCUGCGGUCCACAAAUACUCUCUUCCUCUGGCCAUCCAAAAUCAGAUUUUCUGCUAAUAAAGCUGCAUCAAAGACCAAAUCGUAAGAAAAGCAGAAAUUUUUUUUGGUCUUGAGAUGUCUUCGCCCUGUGGCUGCCGAGCCAUGGAGGCCUGCUGCACCUCUGCGUGCUGUAUUUCGCAUCACAAGACCGGCGGCGACGGCGGUGGAGCUAACACAACAACCCGCUCUUCGCGGUCCAAUUUCGCCAUCUCCGCCGUUUCCGCUCUUUUCCCAAACUCCGAAUUCACCAACCACGAAUCGCUCCCUUCCUUACAGGAAGCGUUCUCAAUCUUCUCUUCAGCUUUCCCGUACUACUUUGAAACCAUGCUGCAGGCUGAUCUCAUCAGAGAAACAGAGUACCCUCACCUCUCCGACCAAAUCUGCCUCGAUUAUAGCGGCGUUGGCCUCUUCUCUCAUUCCCAGGCCUAUAACAUCUCAUCUUCUUCCCAACCGUCCCCUUUCUUCAACAUCUCGUACAAAUCCGCGAGUCUCAAGUUCGAAGUGCAGUAUGGGGAACAAGACACAGGCUUCGAAUCAUAUAUCAAAAAACACAUCAUGAGCUUCCUAAAGAUCUCACCAGAUGAUUAUGUCAUGAUCUGCACAGCAAACAGAACCACGGCUUUCAGAUUGCUUGCAGAGACUUACCCUUUCCAAUCCAAUAGGCGUCUCCUUACCGUCUACGAUUAUGAGAGCGAAGCAAUCAAGCCAAUGGUGGAAUGCGCGCUGAAUAGGGGAGCGAAGGUGAAGUCGGCAACUUUUUCAUGGCCUGGUCUCAGCAUCCAUACCAGAAAACUGAAGAAGAUGCUGGGAAGUAGAAGCAAGAAGAAGGGUUUAUUUGUGUUUCCGCUCAUGUCCAGGUUGACUGGGGUUAGGUACCCUUAUCUAUGGAUGAAAAUGGCGCAGGAGAAGGGAUGGCAUGUGGUGCUUGACGCCUGUACAUUGGGUCCAAAGGACAUGGAUACCAUGGGCAUGGCUCUUAUCCAGCCGGAUUUCAUCAUCUGCUCCUUCUACAAAGUGUUCGGCGAAAAUCCAUCUGGGUUCGCCGGACUCUUCAUCAAGAAAUCGAGCCACCAAGUCCUCGAGACCUCCGUGCUCGCGAGAAGCAUUGGUGUCGUCAGCAUUGUUCGAACAAGAAGCACUCAGUCACAGUCCGGGGAGGAAGAGAUGGAAACCAGAUCUUUUUCCGGUCCCUUGAGCUCAACACAGAAGGCAGGGAAGAACUAUGAGGAAGGUGAGGCGUCUCAGAAGAGAGAACCGCAGUCCGAAAUUGUAGAAGAAGAUAUCAGAGCGACAGUACAUGACAAUGUGGAGGAGGAGGAAGAACUCGAUCAAGAAGUGGAGAUUGAGCUCCGAGGCCUGAAUCAUGCUGAUUCACUUGGUCUGCCAGCAAUACAAACUAGGCUCAGAUGCAUAACGAACUGGUUAGUAAUUGCCUUGAAGAAGCUGAGGCAUCCUCACUCGAGCAAUGGCCAUAGCUUGGUGAGGAUUUAUGGGCCACAGGUGAAGUUCGACAGAGGAUCUGCAAUAGCAUUCAAUGUGUACGAUUGGAAAGGAGAAAAGGUAGAGCCUGCGCUUGUUCAGAAACUAGCUGACAGAAGCAACAUUUCAUUAAACUGCGGGUUUCUGCAAAACAUAUGGUUCUCAGAUCAUAAAUAUGAACAAGACAAGCAUAAGAUAUUGGAAAAAAGAGUUCUUGGGAUCGUUGCUUCAGGUAAUAGAAAGAAGGAAAGCAGUGAUGUGGGGAUUGCUGUUGUAAGUGCCUCACUUGGCUUUCUCGUUAAUUUUGAAGAUGCUUACUUGUUUUGGGUCUUUGUUGCUAAGUUCUUGGAUGCUGAUUUUGUGGAGAAGGAGAGGUGGAGAUACGUCGCACUGAAUCAGAGGUCGGUUGAGAUUUAGGGUGAGGAUAAAAAAAAAAAUCUUAGGACAUUUAGGCCAAUCUCACACGCACAUAAGACUCUAAUUUCAGAUCUACAGGAUAAUAAUCAAAGCUCUCAACCAAAUGAUCAAAAUGAGCAAAACAAAACAAAAAUAUUAAUCAAUC